GUCUUUUUUAUAUUCUUUACCAUUUUCUUUCUUUUCAUCUGUCGGAACUUCUAAUGAGGAGACCUACAUAAUUUAAAAAACAUGAUUAUGUUUACGACAAACAUAUAUUUAAAAGUAAAAGCUGUGUGAUUUCAGAUUAGCGGGAUACUUGCGCCACCUUCAGGCGAGACGACAAAUAACAUCAGUUUCCUAGCAACAGCAGCAAGCUAAACAGUCUCGACCAUACCGCUUUUUGUUUAGCAGUGAACCUAAAUGUGCAUGUAGGUUGAAUUACCUGACCUCUGAAUGGGUAAAAAAGUCAAGAAAGAGUCUGAGUCCUUUGCUAAAGAUGUGUUUGACCCUCUGUCUAUCGAGAGCAAGAAUGCAGCAACAGCAGUCCUCAUGCUUAGUUCCCCUGAAGAAGACGUGUUGGCAAAAGCUUGUGAAGCCAUCCUUAAAUUUGCAGAGAAAGGUGAUGAGAAUAAGACUUCUCUGAUGGGUUUGGGGGCAGUUGAACCGCUCUCUCGUCUUAUAUCUCACGAGGACAAGGUUGUGCAGAGGAAAGCUGUCAUGGCCCUGGGGGUUAUGGCUUCAAACAGUGAAGUUAGAAAAGCUUUGAAGACACUGGAUGUGAUACCUGCAGUUAUCAGCAAGUUAUCUGACGAGGACAUUGUGGUCCUUGAGUUUGGCACUUUGUGUUUGGCGUCCCUGUCUGUGGACUUCUCAUUCAAGGUGCAGAUAUUUGACCAUAAAGGACUUGAACCUUUAAUUCAGCUCUUGCCCAACCCAGAUGCUGAUGUGAAGAAGAAUUCAGUGGAGUGCAUCUUUAAUCUUGUACAAGACUUUCAGAAUCGAGCGGCCAUGCACGUACUAAAUGGGUUCCCCCCGCUUCUGGAUCUGCUUCGCUCAGAGUUCCCUGUUAUUCAGCAGCUUGCCCUACGCACCAUAGAGACCAUCACCAGUGACAGUGAGAGUCAUGUUGCUUUUAGGAACGCACAGGGUCUCAACAGAAUCCAGGAGGUCCUCGCAACCAAAAAGUUUAGCGACCUGCAUGAGGUGGCUUUUAGGGUUAUCUCAAACUGUUUGGAAGACAGCGAGUCCAUGCAGCUUUUUCAAGAGAUGGGCGGCCUAGAGCAACUGCUGCAGUUUGUUGUCACACCCACAAUGCCUGAGGUGCAGGCUAAUGCAGUCAAAGCCAUAGCCAGGAUGGCACACAACGGUGAGAACAGAAAAAUCCUACAUGAACAAAAUGUAGAAAAGGCCCUCACUGACCUUCUUGUGGAGGAGAAUGACAACAUCCGCACAGCUACGUGCCAAGCUAUUGCCACCGUGAGCAAGAACCUGUCCAGCAGAGAGACUUUCAGAUGUUUGGAUGCGAUCAAGCUCAUCGUACAACUGCUGAACAGUGAGCGAAGUGAUUUAAGAACGGGCGCAGCAGAGGCCCUAUCCAGUUUGACUCAUAGCAGCAAGCUUAAUGCAUAUGCGGUGUACGAUGCAGAGGGCGACAAGCUUCUGGUGCAACAGCUGCGAGGCAGCUGCGCAGGAGCAGCUGUGCACUCGGCAGCGGCCUUGACAAACAUGGCAUCGCAGGAGGACCUGCGCAUGUGCAUUCUGGCCCAUGGAGCUAUGCCAGCCUUGGUGGGACUGCUACAAUCCACUGACAACCACAUACUUAUAAGUGCUACGCAGGCUGUGGCUGCACUAGCCUGUGAUGCUGAGGCCAGGUUGGAGCUGAGGAAUGUUGAAGGUCUGUCACAUUUAAUCAGACUGCUCAGAUCGAUCAAUGCUGAGGUUCGGAAGAAUGCCUGCUGGGCAGUUAGUGUGUGUGCAGAUGAUGAAAUAACUGCCAUAAAGUUGUGCAAUGAAGGAGCUCUAGAGGUACUCCAAGAAAUCAAUCUGUCAUCUCACCGUAAAAGCAAAUUAAGUGAGGUAGCACUGCAAAAACUUCUAGACAACAAUCUAUCAUUGAAAUAUAGUCUGACAGGACACCUGUCACCCACUGAUAUAGCCACUGAUGGCUUCUAUGACCCUGGACAGAUAAGAUCGGGUCAACGGGUUUCUACUUUAGAAGAUCUAUCAAAACAGGUUGUCAACCAACAUCGAGCCAUCAUUGCAGUUAAUGGAAAAACGCCAGAUGAGCCGAUUGCUAAAGGAACAGAUGAACGUAAACAGGACAGUCCAACAGAAACCGGCACCUCAUCAGUUAUGAGCAGCAAGCGAAGCAGUAAAACACCAAUUAAAAUGAAGGGAAAAGGUCAAAAAGAGGAAAAGAAGGAUGAAGAUGAUUUUAAGCCCCAGCCGGAUGUGGUUCUGGAGGAAACGUGGAAGCUACCAUACGAUGCUGAGUUUCAUAACCUUGUCCAAGAGGCAACCAAGUCUGUCUUGCCUCUUCAAGAUGAGGUUAAGAUGUAUAGCGCUUUAGCUGUGUUGGUGUGUGAUGCGAUGGGUGGACAGGUUGAGCCAGGGAAACAGCAUGACUUUCUGUGGGAACUUCACAUAAGUGAGCUGAAGCUUGAAGUCCAGUCCAACAUCAUUCCAAUUGGCAAGAUUAAAAAGGGCACUUACUACCACAGAGCACUGCUUUUCAAGAUUCUUGCUGAUAGAAUUGGACUGAGCUGCAGUCUUGUGAGAGGGCAAUACAAUCGUGCCUGGAACGAAAUCCUUCUUGUCAAAGGUGGAAAGAAACCUUGUGGUUACGCUCAGCCUGAGAGCUACAUCAUAGAUCUCAUGCACCAACCUGGCAACCUCAUGAAAAGCAACUCACCAGCAGCUCAAGCAUAUCAAAGCAUUUAAGGGAACUUACUGUACUUCAAAUGUGUAUUUAACUGAUUUUUUAUUUUAUUUUAUUUCCAUUACACAUUUUUUUUUGUGUGUGUUUACCAAAUACAGCCAAAUGUCCCCUCAAACUGGCAUACAGUUUUCUGUUUAGGGGUUGAGUUAACAAAAUUAUAAUAAAAGAUUUUGACAAAAAAUUACACACUACAAAAUCAAUGCAAAAUACAAUAUCAUAUUUUUAUUAUACUCAUUAAAAGUAAAGCAAAUACAUUUAUGUUGCCUCUCGUUUUUUGCAUAAACUUUACAGU